AAAAAGGAGAUUAAACUGAAAUUAAAAAAAAAUAAUUUUAAUUAAUUUUCAAAAUUAAAUAAAAAAAAAAAUUACAAAAAAAAAAUAAAAAAAAAAUUGAGAGAAUAAUUUUGUAUCCCUACACAAAGAUCAUACACACGAGAAAAAGGGAGAAUAUUGUUGUACAUCACAGUGAAGAGCGCGUACCUCGCAAAAUUAAAGUGUGGCAGCAUCCAGGCAAGAAGCAAUCGAUUUUAGUCAGGUGUAGUCUGCGUUAGAAUUCGGUCGAAAAAUAAUUGCAGGAUCUUUUUUUUACAAUAAUUAUUAGUGAACUGUGAAAAAAAAUAUGAAAAAAAUGUUUUAACACAAUAAAAUAAUGAUAAAAACGUUCAAAAGUAGCACCAAAUAAUUUAAAAUAAAAAUAAAGAUAAAUAUAAAAGUAAUAAAAGAGGAAGUGAAAUCAAAAAAAGCUAUAACAAUGAUAUAAAAGUAGCAUAAAAUUUUAGUGAGUUCGUUGUAUAAAACAUAUAUGUAACAUAUAUGAGUGUAAGAUAACCAGGCUUCUCCAUUUUUUAUACGACGUAAAAUAUAAAAUAUAUAUUUAUAUAUGAAUAUAUAUAGUUAAUAUAAUUUUCAAUAUAAAAUGGCUUAAGGCGACAAAUUUUGUAGCAAAUUGCAUCAAAUUUACAUAAAAACCAACACAAAAUAUUAUCAUAUAUUUAUGCAUAACUCCAGAAAACAUAGUUAAAAUAAACUCCAACAAGCAGAAAUGGCUCCGGGUCAUUCAUUUUGGGCCAUCUUUUACUUCGCAUGUUUGUGCAGUGCAUCGCUCGCCAACAAUGCACGUGUGAAUUUCCGAGAGAAAGAAAAGAAGAUUUUAGAUCAGAUCUUGGGGGCGGGAAAAUACGAUGCCAGAAUUCGACCAUCUGGCAUCAAUGGAACAGCUACCGUCGAUGGCCCCACUGUUGUACGGGUGAACAUGUUUCUACGUUCCAUAUCUAAAAUAGAUGAUUAUAAAAUGGAAUACAGUGUGCAGUUGACGUUUCGUGAACAAUGGACUGAUGAAAGGUUAAAGUUUGAUGAUAUUGGAGGUCGCCUCAAAUAUCUCACACUGACGGAGGCCAAUCGUGUGUGGAUGCCGGAUUUGUUCUUUUCGAACGAAAAAGAGGGUCAUUUUCACAAUAUAAUCAUGCCAAAUGUAUACAUAAGAAUAUUUCCGUAUGGUUCGGUUCUCUAUAGUAUUAGGAUAUCGUUAACUCUUGCAUGUCCCAUGAACCUUAAAUUAUAUCCACUGGAUAGACAAAUUUGUUCACUUCGUAUGGCUAGUUAUGGAUGGACAACAGCCGAUUUAGUGUUCCUAUGGAAAGAAGGCGAUCCCGUUCAGGUUGUAAAAAAUCUUCAUUUACCCAGAUUUACGCUAGAAAAGUUUUUAACAGAUUAUUGCAAUAGUAAAACUAAUACAGGCGAAUACAGCUGUCUUAAAGUAGACCUACUAUUUAAGCGCGAAUUCUCAUAUUAUUUGAUUCAAAUUUACAUACCUUGCUGCAUGUUGGUCAUUGUUUCAUGGGUCUCGUUUUGGUUAGACCAAGGAGCAGUGCCAGCCAGAGUAUCAUUAGGUGUAACAACGCUUCUAACGAUGGCAACACAAACAUCGGGUAUCAAUGCAUCGCUGCCGCCCGUCUCGUACACAAAAGCUAUCGAUGUGUGGACCGGCGUCUGUCUGACAUUCGUCUUUGGUGCCCUGCUCGAAUUUGCCUUAGUGAACUACGCAUCGCGAUCAGCAGAUCGUGCGGCAGACAUUCAUCGGGAAAACAUGAAGAAGAAACGCCGGGAACUAGAACAGGCAAGUAUCGAUGCGGGCUCCGAUCUGUUGGAUACCGACAGUAAUGCCACAUUCGCAAUGAUUCUAAAUGGCAAUUUACAGAAGCCGUUGGUGCGACAUCCGGGCGAUCCGCUGGCAUUGGAGAAGAUGCGGCAGUGCGAAGUGCAUAUGCAACCGCCGAAACGACCGAAUUGCUGCAAAACAUUCAUGUCGAAGCUACCAACAAGAAAAUGUUCUAGAUCGAAGAGAAUAGACGUCAUUUCACGUAUCACGUUCCCAUUGGUCUUCGCAUUGUUCAACUUGGUCUACUGGAGUACAUAUCUCUUCCGGGACGAGGAUGCAGGAGAGUAAAAAGGCAGCCGCAAAAGUGCAACCAUCAUCAAUAAAAGAAAAAAUCUCGAAAAAAACAACAAACAACAAUAAAAACUACUAUAAAUAUAAUUUUAAUAACAACACACCAGCAAAACAGCAAACUUAAUAAUAAUAACAAAGUACAAUGAAACAUAUUGAUUUUUGUAUGAUACUAUAGAAAAAAGUGUUCAUCGUCACAUAAAAACCAGCCACAAUAUAGAACUAUUUUUCUCUCUGUGAAAUAUGGCAUAAAAUGAAAAUAGUGUGUUUGUUAGUCGAGAGACGCGACACCAUUUUAUAUAUCAUGCAAAAUGUAAUGAUAUAUAAUAUAUGUUGUUGUUGUCCUCAUACUAUACUAUGCUAUAUGUUUAAAAUAAUUGUAAUAUAAUAUAAUAUCAAUCAAUGUGAUAAGAGAUUUAUUAUUAUAUUACUAAGCAAAAUUAUAACACACACAGGAUCAUUGUUGCAAUACUUUCUAUACAGGACAUAAAAAUAGAUUAAAAAACUUUGUUUAUACAUAAUAUAUAAAUAAUAACUUUUAAAAAUAAUACUCAUACUAUAUAUCAUGAAA